AUGCGUAAACCUCCUAAAAUAACGUUUAAUUUGGACAAGAAUGAUGAGCAAAAUUCGAGUAGUGACGAUGAAGGCGUUAGAGCAUUCUCAGCAGUUGCCGACUAUGUCGAAUCUGACGUCGAAUUGUCGGAUGAUGACAUGCCAGAAGCCAUCAUGGCAACCCUCGAAAAUUGCCCUGGAUUUGGGAUGAAGCCAAACACCGAGCCGGACGAGAGAGAACUAUCAGAUUUUAUUCUAAAUAAUCCAACUUGUAGUUCGGACGAAGACGAUGGACCGCCAGGACUUUUUAACUAUAUCAUGAGUACAGCCAAGGUUACAAAGCCGUAUAAUGCAGAGUAA